AUGCAAACAACCCAAGGCGCACCGCGCCCCUCGCGGCUCAACAAAUGGUGGCCCAUCGGAUUCUUUAUUGGCGCCGUGGUCUGCUUCAUCAUCGGCGGUGCUCUCGUAGGCACAUGGGUAUCCAACUCCUACGAUGACUGCUCCUAUAGCAGCUCAUACUACAGCUCCUAUUACUCCGAUUACUCCUGCGUCAGCACCAACAUGGGCCAAUUCUAUGGUGCUAUUGCUUUGUUUGUGAUCGGUGGUAUCCUCAAGCUCACCGCUUGGAUCCUACUCAUCGUCUUCUGCGUCAAGCGCAGCCGAUCUGAUCGCCAUACCGUCACAUACGUCAACACUCCUGCUGUUCAGCAACAGCAGCCCUUCCAACAAACCUACGCUGCGCCACAGCCUAUGUACGCUCCACCACACCAGGUUUCUCAGUCCUCUGGCUCCCCAGCACCGCCUGAUAUGAGCCAGUCUGAAAGGAACCCAUCUAUCGCUGGAACCCCUCCUCCCAAAGAGCCCAACGUUACAGAAACAGCUUCCAAGUACUGUGGCCAGUGUGGGACCGCUGUCUCAAGUCGCUUCUGUCCUCAAUGUGGCUCUCAGAGCUGA